AUGGCACCAAUAAUAUUAUUACCACCAGCUCUAUUCCACUCGUAUAAGCAUGGUCUUGGUCAGAAACCAAUAAUGACUUCCCAACAUAAUUCAAGAGGCAGACGGAACAACUGUGACUUUACCAUACCUCACCAAAAUGCGAACCAGGACACAAACCGCCCGUUCUCUAAAAACCACUCACAACCAGAAACAACCAAGCCUCCCUUGAAACGGUUCACACAUCAUAAAUCACAGUCAUUGACAAAAUUAAACGGUUCUGCGAGCAACAACGAAUCGUCGCAGGUGCCAAUGCGCAGGUCAAUGUCACAGCAGCCAAAGCCAAGGAACGAAUUCGUUGCCAUACUCGAUAAGACUCACAAGACGGAGAGAGACGUUAGGGCUUCGCUUACCAAAUUGAGAGGGUUGAUAUUGACCGAGGGAUUGCCUGACGAGCAUUUUCCAAAAUCAGACCAAUCUCUCCAGACCAACCUUCGAUCAACUUCCCUACGCUCUCGAGUUUGGAAACACUUUUUAGGUGUAUAUCAUAUCUCCGCCAAGGAAUACAUACGAUUGAUAAAGAAGGGAAAGUCGGCCGUGUAUAGCAAAGUUAGAAACGAUACGUUCAGGACGUUGACCACAAACAAGGCAUUCAAAGAAAGAGUUAAUGACGAUAUGCUUAGUCGAGUUUUGAAUGCGUUCACAUGGAAAAUGCACUUGUCUGGAAAUGAUAAUAUUACAUACGUGCAAGGGAUGAACGUACUCGUGGCCCCUUUUCUGUUUACAAUGUCGGAAAUCGAUGCGUUUUUCUCAUUUGCGACAUUCAUCGAAAUGUGUUGUCCUCUCUACGUAAAUUCUACAGUUCAGGGAGUCCAUUGUGGACUUGAGUUACUUGAUCAGUGUCUCCAGAUUGUCGAACCAACGCUUUUCAGGCAUCUCAAGUCAAAAAACCUUUCUGCCAAAAUUUAUGCGUUGCCAUCUGUUCUGACAUUCUGUGCAUGUACGCCGCCUUUGGAAGAAGUACUCAAACUGUGGGAUUUCUUAUUUGCAUACGGUGUGCAUCUCAACAUUCUUUGUGUAAUCGCACAGCUUAUUCUAAUGAAGGACGAACUAUUAAAGUCUCAAAGUCCCAUGAAACUACUCAGAACAAUGCCUGAUUUAAAGGCAAAGCCCGUCAUUGACCUGACGGUGGAAUUGGUUCACAAGAUACCGGAUGAUCUUUAUGAUAGACUUGUGCGGCAUCCAUUUGAUGCUGAAGUGGCUGCUUCAAUAUUGCGCGGCGCAAGAUAA